AUUGAGUAUUGGGAACUGAACAUUGUGUGAGCGCGCAUACAAUAUCAACGUUAUGAUGGGACGCGGUCACGCGAGACAGUUCUUCAGGCGAAAUAAUCCGGCACAUGCAGGUCAAUUUAUUCCACAGUUGCCUGUUGAUAUUGCUGUGCUACAGCCCGAUUUGGUUGUCCCUACUGAUGACCAAACUCUACUGCAAUGUUUAUUGAACCACAAUGCCCAAUUAACACCGUCUUCUGAUUCUCAGCAUGCUCUGACAAACUUAAACAAUGGAAUAUGUGACAUUCUGGAUAAUAUUAUUAUCAAUCCGUCAAUGUUUGAGUCUGCACAAUUGGAUCAGAUUCAUCGUGUUGGCUCUUUCAAAAUGGGCACAUGGUUGGAUGGUUCAUGUAUAGCAGAUUUAGUCUGUAUACUUCGAACACUGCCAACACGUGAAGCUGUACAAAAUUUGGCCAAUUUUGUUCGUAGUCAACUGACAACUAAUAAAUCGUCGAAUGAAUAUAUUAAUUGUAAAGUUGAAUUAGAGAGUUAUGGAUUCUCUGUCACCUCUGGGGAUUAUGUUGUCCAAGUUUUAAUCACUACUACACCAAUGAAUUUAAAUAAAGUGGAUUCUGAUAUACAUGUUAAUCUAGCUUCUCAAAAAACAGCGCUUGCUGCAGUUCGACAUUUACGUUGGUCUGAAGAAAAUGCUUCACAUACUACUGUGAAAGUAUUAACGCGUAUCUUGAAAGAUUUUCGAAGACGUUUUCGUGGUUUUAGUUGUUUGAAUUCUUGGUUGAUUGAUCUACUGGCUUACUAUGCUGUUAUGAAUAAUCCACAACGUCAACCAUUGCCGCUUAAUCAUGCCUUUAGACGUGUUUUCUAUCUAUUGGCUAGUGGUUUUCUUCUUCCUGGGAGUACAGGUUUACUUGAUCCAUGUGAACCGGGAAAUGUACGUCUGCACUCGUUGAUGUCACUUGCUCAACAGGAUGAAUUAUGUUGUACUGCACAGAUGCUGUUAAGAAUUUUAAUGCAUGGUGGCUAUCUAUUACUUUUCACUCAAAAUGAUUUAACGGAUGAAUCUAGAGAGAAAUUAUUGAAAACAGCAUCGAAAUUAGUUGAUUUCAGUAAUAUUGAAUGGCCGGAACCAGUUAUUGAGCCGUUGUCACCGAUUGCUGAUAAUGUUAAAGUGGCAGUGGAAUAAUGCAUUUAUAUUUUGAUGCAAUCAGUACACAACCAGUGUCCCCGUGUUACUUCAAUAUUUAUCAUCAAAUAGAAAAAGAAGCUUGAAAAUCUACUGGGUUUCUUCCUUUUUUUUUUAUAAACUCGACUUACUGUUCUGCAUUUUUCUCAGCUUUGUUUUUAAAAUACAAUUUUUAAGAAAAGGCG